GCGCGUGGAAUAUACGCAGUGAACUCGAAAUCGUCAAUGACAGAUUUAAGGAAUAGUUAGGUUAGACUUUUAUUUACAUCUUGUUAUUAAUUUUUGUAAUUUUAAUUGAUCGUGAAUUAAUAUUGCUUAUAAUUAUUUCUAUGCGAUAUUAGUACAACUAUUAUAUUUUACAUAGUGCAUUUAUAUAAUAUAAGAUAUUAAAAAUAAAAAAAAAUAUUGUAAACACUUCUAAUGAAUGAUCGUUUGAUGUAUUUACAUUAUAUAUUUUUUUAAUAAAAGAAAAUGUUACUGACAUUGCGACCAGAUCAUAAAAAACAUGUGUUAUUUCUUAUAGAACAAACACCUCAAGUGUUGCAGGAUUUUUGCAAACUUGCUUUAGAUUAUUUACAAAAAGGUCCUAAUAUGAAAUUGUAUCAUGGGGCAGCUCAAAAACUUGAAGUAGAAGUGGAUAUUAUUAAAAAUUCAGUAGAAGGUCUUGUCAAUCUAUUAUUAGAGAGUUGCAAUCAUAAGCUAAGCAACGAAGACUUUCGAGAUUCUAUUAUAGCAUUAGGUUUUUCUGAAGAAAAUGAAACAAUUUUAAGUAAACUCUAUACUACAAAGAAAAAAGAGAUAUCUAAUAUUCUAUCAGUUACUGGUUUUAAAAUACCAGAGUAUCAUGAUCUUGAAUGGCGUUUUGAAGUACAGACCGCUUCAAGAACAUUGUUAAAACAAGUUUCACCAUUGAUUACAUUAGAUUUGACGUUGAAAAAUAAUGAAAGUAUGGAGCAUGUUUUACUUCAAACAGAUCCUGUCAAUUUAAUACAUAUGGCUCAAGAAUUAGAAGAAGCUUUGAAGGAAGGUUACAGCCAACACACUCGUCAAGUUUCUAGAGCAGCAAAAUAAACUAAAACUUAUUUUACAAAUCGAUAAAAGAACUACAUAUUAUUUUAUGUAACUAUGGCAGUUAGGCUGAAACUUUUAAUGUAAAAAAUAAAACAUACGAAAAUGUAUUAACAGGUAAUGUUAAAUGUUACAAUGACAUUUCAAAUAAAAAAUCUUAAUACUACUGA